AUGCGAUAUUCAUUAACACCAUAUUCUCCUCACUCACAGGAAGGAGACACACCACUGUACAUAGCAGCCCAGAAUGGACAUGUGGAAGUUGUGCAGCAGCUGCUGAAGGCUGGAGCAGAUGUGGACAUGGCUGAACUGUAUGGAGGCACACCAUUGUACAUGGCAGCCCGGAAUGGACAUGUGGAAGUUGUGCAGCAGCUGCUGAAGGCUGGAGCAGAUGUGGACAAGGCUACAUGGGGUGGAGAGACACCAUUGUACAUAGCAGCCCAGAAUGGACAUGUGGAAGUUGUGCAGCAGCUGCUGAAGGCUGGAGCAGAUGUGGACAAGGCUACGCGGUAUGGAGACACACCACUGUACAUAGCAGCCCGGAAUGGACAUGUGGAAGUUGUGCAGCAGCUGCUGAAGGCUGGAGCAGAUGUGGACAAGGCUGAACUGUAUGGAGACACACCACUGUACAUAGCAGCCCGGAAUGGACAUGUGGAAGUUGUGCAGCAGCUGCUGAAGGCUGGAGCAGAUGUGGACAAGGCUACACGGGAUGGAGACACACCACUGUACAUAGCAGCCCAGAAUGGACAUGUGGAAGUUGUUCAGCAGCUGCUGAAGGCUGGAGCAGAAGUGGACAAGGCUACGCGGUCACAGGAUGGAGACACACCACUGUACAUGGCAGCCCAGAAUGGACAUGUGGAAGUUGUGCAGCAGCUGCUGAAGGCUGGAGCAGAUGUGGACAAGGCUACGCGGAACAGAGCCACUCCACUGCUUGCAGCAGCCUAUCAGGGACAUGUGGAAGUUGUGCAGCAGCUGCUGAAGGCUAGGGCAGAUAUGGGCAAGGCUAUGAGGGACGGAUUCACACCACUGUACAUGGCAGCCCAGAAUGGACAUGUGGAAGUUGUGCAGCAGCUGCUGAAGGGUGGAGCAGAAGUGGACAAGGUGGACCAGGAAGGAGACACACCACUGUACAUGGCAGCCCAGAAUGGACAUAUGGAAGUUGUGCAGCAGCUGCUGAAGGCUGGAGCAGAUGUGGACAAAACAGAGCAGGAUAGAGGCACUCCACUGGUUGCAGCAGCCUAUCACGGACAUGUGGAAGUUGUGCAGCAGCUGCUGAAGGCUGGAGCAGAUAUGAACAAGGCUACGCGGGAUGGAGACACACCACUGUACAUAGCAGCCCAGAAUGGACAUGUGGAAGUUGUGCAGCAGCUGCUGAAGGCUGGAGCAGAUGUGGACAAGGCUGCACGGUUUGGAGACACACCACUGUACAUGGCAGCCUAUCAGGGACACGUGGAAGUUGUGCAGCAGCUGCUGAACAAGGCUAUUGAGAAGCACUUAAAGAAAUGA